UUCUCGUUGCUCGACGAAAGGGUUUGCUUCGAAAGCAAAAAUGUCUCUUUUAGCGAUAAAAUACAAACGUGGACAUCUUGAGAUUCUCAACCAGCUUCUCCUUCCUCACGAGUCAGUAUAUGAGGAGAUUACUGGAGCAGAAGAUGGCUGGCAAGCGAUAAGAACAAUGAAGGUUCGUGGUGCUCCUGCAAUUGCUUUGGUUGGUGCCUUGAGUCUUGCAGUAGAGCUUUUACCAGUGUCAUUUAGUUCCAAAGAAGAACUGAAAAACUUUGUUGCAGAGAAGCUUCAGUAUCUUACCACAGCUAGACCAACAGCAGUAAAUAUUAUGGAAGCUGCAAAGCAUUUGACAUUGUUCGUCAAAGACUCGUCCUCAAAAAUCAAUGACACUGAAACUGUCAAGGUGGAACUUAUCACUGAAAUUGAAGGAAUGCUAGAAAAAGAUCUAAGUGAUAACAAGGCUCUGGGAAGGCUUGGUGCAGAGCAUAUGUUACAACUGGUAGGGGCUGACAAGUUAAAGGUGCUCACACACUGCAAUACUGGUUCCCUAGCAACAUCAGGAUUUGGAACAGCAUUAGGAGUGAUAAGACAUUUGUCCGAACAAGACCAUAUUGAUCAUGUGUUCUGUACUGAGACCAGACCUUAUAACCAAGGAUCAAGGCUUACAGCAUAUGAGUUGGUCUAUGAGAAUAUCCCUUCAACCUUAGUAGCAGAUUCAAUGGUUUCACUACUCAUGAAGACAAAAGGAGUACAUGCAGUUGUCGUGGGUGCUGACAGAGUGGUUGCAAAUGGAGAUACAGCAAAUAAGAUAGGGACAUAUCAGAUAGCCAUAGCUGCUAAACAUCAUGGAAUCCCAUUCUAUGUUGCUGUGCCCUCCACCAGCAUUGACCUGUCGUUAGAGCAUGGCAGUGAUAUUGUGAUUGAGGAGAGACCUGCUGAAGAACUUACUAAUGUAGCAGGUGUGCGUAUAGCUGCCCCUGGCAUUGCUUGCUGGAAUCCAGCUUUUGAUGUUACUCCAGCAGAGUUAAUAACAGGAGGUAUUGCCACAGAAUGUGGUGUGUUUAAACCAUCUGAACUAAAAAAAGCACUGGCAGGAAAAAACUAAGCUCCUUUCCUCAUGGAACAGUGACUGCCUGUUGUCAAGCAGAUAUAGGCAAUGUGUUUCAUAGAUUACAAUAGUUACCUAUUGCUAAGAAAGAAUAGACUGCAACUUUGGUAAAGUUUAUAGUUUCUGUAAGGUUUUCCUUCAUUUAGAUUCGUCUUUGUGUGUAUUGAUUUCACCUUUAUCUUAUUGUAGUCUUGGCAAACAUCAUAAGCCACAGUCCAAAAGAAAUUGGUAUCCAGUCAUUUUGUACCCACAGUUGUUUCAUACCCAGUCAUUUAAUGUCCAGAUUCAGUGGAUUGGUACCCAGUUUGAGGCAGCUCAUACCUGAACUGCUUCUCGAUUUGUACCUGUCCAAUAUACAUGUACAUUCAUUUGAAAUACUUUCUAACUAUGAUUUCUUAAAAUUGAGGUUUUGAAAAUAUAAACAUUUGGUUGUAAUAUAUGCAUGGUCGUUUAGGAUAGAAAAUAAACAUGUAUGUAUCUGAUGGAAACAUCUUUGUGUCUAUUCUAUGACGGACACAAAAAGGAAAGAAAUGGUAAACCAUCAGGAGUUGUAUAACAUUGAAGUGAGAAGAGAAAGAACUAUCAAUAGCUCAAAUGGCUGAAAAAGAAACCAAGAGUACUGUUUGUGUAAUACAUAAUAAUAAUAAUAAUUAAUAAUAAUAAUAUACCGUUUAUUUGCCACAUUGCAGAAUUAACUGAAUUA